CCCGGGGGAAGGGGUGGAGGGCCGGGUGGGUGUGCCCGGCUCUCCCUGCCGCUGCCGCCGCGGUCCGCCCCACUCACAAGGUGCCUGAGCCGGAGAGCGAGCAGCAGCGCCGCGUCCCCGUCGCCCUCCGCAGCGCCCGCCCCGCCAUGCCCAACUUCGCCGGCACUUGGAAGAUGAGGAGCAGCGAGAAUUUCGACGAGCUGCUCAAGGCGCUGGGUGUCAAUGCCAUGCUCAGGAAAGUGGCGGUGGCAGCCGCCUCCAAACCCCACGUAGAGAUCCGCCAGGACGGGGACCAGUUCUACAUCAAAACUUCCACCACUGUCCGCACCACUGAGAUCAACUUCAAAAUCGGGGAGAGCUUUGAGGAGGAGACGGUGGAUGGACGAAAGUGCAGGAGUUUGGCAACUUGGGAGAAUGAAAACAAGAUCUAUUGCAAACAAACUCUUAUUGAGGGAGAUGGUCCCAAAACGUACUGGACUCGAGAAUUAGCUAAUGAUGAGCUGAUUUUGACCUUUGGUGCUGAUGAUGUUGUGUGCACGAGAAUUUAUGUAAGAGAGUAAAAACAUCAAUUUACUUGUCAUCUGGGAUGAAGUGUGAAAACCCCCAGUAUAAGGAGUAUCUGUGUGUGCUAUUACUAAUGCGGUAUUGUAUGUGACCAUGUGUGUUAUAUCUUGUGUGUUUUGCUUUCAGUUUUCAUUUCAGACACUAUCCCUUCCCACUUUGAAUGCCAUCAAUUUUCAUGUCUGCUUUGUAUUUUGUAGUUGUCACUUGCUAUGGUUUCCUCAGUUAUUAAACUUAUUGGGCAUAAC